CUUCCCGAGGCGGAACCUGCCGAAAAGCUCCCAUGUGCAUACACAGUAAGCUCGCGGCGACUAUAUACAGAUAGGUAGAUUUGGUGAGAGAGCUACCUGGACCGGGACUUGACGACGACGGCAGCAACAAAAAGCGUCCCAAGGAACCGUCUAACCCCGCACUGUCCGACCGUUCUCCCAACAACACAGCCCACACCCUUCGCACCGAAACAACGCUCCAGCACUUGAUCCGGUCCACGAACAGCCCCCGAGGCAUCGACCUCCCCACUGCCCGGUUGGCAAGGCAAGGAAGGGGAAAAAAAAGAGGGCAGGCAGAAGAGAAAACAAGAUAACCAAGGGCCAGGACCCUCCCCCAAAAGAAAAGGAAGGAAGACGAGGAAAAACACAAUAAAUAAAGACAACAAUGGGCCUCCUCCCCGGCUUCCUCUCCACCGCCCCCAAGAGCGAGGCCGAGAAGCGGGCGGACGAGGUGCGCACGGGCGCGGUGGCGCCGACGCGGGCGGAGCGGGCGCGGUGCUGGGCCGCGCGCGACGCCUUCUACGCGUGCCUGGACGCGCACGGCAUCGUGGACACGCUCAACAGCGAGGGCCGCGCGGCGGCGGCGCGGGCGUGCCCUGCCGAGGGCGCUGCGUUCGAGCGGGACUGCGCUGCGCAGUGGGUUACCUACUUCAAGAAGUGGCGGGUGCAGGACAUCCAGAAGAAGGCGAGGUUGAAGGAGCUCGAGGCGCAGGGGGCGACCCGGAUGGACGUGCAGACCGAUUUCACCCCCAGGAGGUGAUAUGGGUUGCGGGCCGGUAUGUGCGUGUAGGGAGGGAGGAAGGGGAGGAAAUAUAUAAAUGGCUCUGCCUGCGCGCAGACGUGUAAAAACUAGGGAUCCCAUGAAAUCUUGUAACAACACCUCUCUUAUUCAUGUAUUCUAGGGUGCGGCGCCGGCUGGGAUCAACGUCAACCUAAGACCCACGACAUCUCUUCGCAAUGGCGAGGGCCUCCGCGGAUGCUGCAAUAUAUCAUGCUAGAACCAUCUGCGUAAAUAAACAUGUUACGUGGUAGUCAAUUGAGCAUCCUCGACGCGAUUCAUUCCUUCCGCUACCCCAGAGCGGCCUUGUUUGUUUCAGAAACCCAUUGUUGCUCGGAGAAAGCAGCAGAACCCAACCACGCGGCGUGGAAACAAAACAAAAACCGUCGA